AUGCAAGAGAGGAUUCCUCCAAACCACGGCCUUGAGUACUCUGACUGGGAACUCUCGUUUUCAUCCUCAGAAGAACUAUCAAUCCACAACGCCCUCUACAUCCCCAACAUCCCCAGCAUGUAUCCUAGUCACCAAAAGUCCAAGAGUAUGUACAGCACUGUGCCAGAUAGUUCUGGUUACUCGGAGUCCGCAGAGUCUCAACAUAUGGGAGGCCUGACCGGUAUCUCCGCCAGCGCUUUAUCCAACCCCCAAAUGUCCGCUCUUCAACUGCUGAACUUUAUGGACGCACAACCAGACCCUCGGUCUUUUCUAUCGCCAGCACACUAUUGCACUGGAAGAAGGGGAUCAACCGACACCGACACAAUUGGUUCUCAAUACGCAUGGUCUACCGCGUCCAACGCAGAGAUUCUCUCAAAUUCACCUCAUAUGUCCUCAUUUGACGCCUCCGUCGGACCCACCACAACUCCCUUCAUGCAAGGCUGUUACUCCCCGGAAUCUGCACAGCUCGGUAUGAGCGACCCAGGCGUGUCGGGUUAUACACCUCAGCAAAUUGACAAAUGGUGCAUCGAGAGCGAGCCAGCUGGAGACAUCUACCAGUCACAACAUUUCCCAAACAUGGGCUCGAUGCGCUUUCCACCAUCAGUGGAACUGCAACCCGAGUCUUACCAAAUAUUCAACAACCAACUCCACACUGCAAAUGAGCAAUGGUUAUCUCGCCCACCCCAUUCCUCUGAUCAGAUCCCAAAAACCUUCUUCUCAAUCCCCCGACCCGUCUCAGCACCUCGAUCAGCCCCAGCUCCAACAACCCAUCUCUACCAAUCCACCGCUACAACCACCUCAGUCUCUUCAUCGCCCGCACACUCCCUCUAUGACCCAGAUUCUCCACCAACGGCACCAGGCUCGGCCACCGGCUCAGGCUCCAGCUCCAACGCAGGUGACCUAAGUAACUACGGCAUCCCAGCAGGUGACGGCACCUGGCGCUGCGCUCAUCCAGGCUGUUCCUCGAAGUCUCUCUUCCAUCGAGGCUGUGAUCUGAGGAAACACUUCAACCGCCACCGCAAGUAUCUCUUCUGUCGCUACGAGGGAUGCCCACAGUCUGCGAAGAAUGGAUUUAGCAGCAAGAAAGACCGUGCUCGUCAUGAGGCAAAGCAUAACCCCGGUGUCUUUUGUGAGUGGGAGGGAUGCGGAAAAGUCUUCAGUCGUGUCGAUAAUAUGAAAGACCACGUGAGAAGAAUUCAUCGGAAAGGGGACGCUGGAAAGGCUUGA